AUGAAUGUGCAGCCGUGUGCUAGAUGUGGCUAUGGGGUUUACCCUGCUGAGAAGAUUAACUGUAUAGAUCAGACAUGGCAUAAAGCCUGUUUUCACUGCGAAAUAUGCAAGAUGAUGUUAACAGUAAACAACUUUGUUAGCCAUGAGAAAAAGCCUUACUGUCAAGCACAUAAUCCAAAAAACAAUGCGUUCACAAGCGUGUUUGAGACACCAAUAAAUAUAAAUGCAAAAAAACUGUCGGAAGUGGUAAGUGAGGUAAAAUAUCGAGAAGAGGCUGAACAAUUCCAAUCAGUCUUUCAAUGGGAUGUAAGGUCCAGAGAAACUGAAGCUGCCUAUAAAGCUCAACAACUGGCUACCCAGAAUGCUUACUAUGCUGCCUAUGAGGAGGGAAGAUCAUGGUAUUCUGGAACCAUCCCAGAUCCUGAGAUGGUCAGGAUAACACAAGCACAAAAGACUCUAAAUGAUUUUCAAUAUACAGAAGAAUAUGAGCCACGGAGAGGCAAAGGCAGCUUUCCUGCUAUGAUCACUCCAGGUUAUGAGGUUGCUAAGAGAGCCACCCAACUAAGCAGUAAUGUAGAAUAUAAGCGCGGACACGAAGAGAGAGUUUCAAAGUUCACCUCUGUUGUAGACACUCCAGAUAUACUUCAUGCAAAGGUUGGAGGACAGCUUUCAAGUGAUUUGAAAUACACAGAAGACUUUGAAGAACGGAAAGGGAAAGGCAGCUUUCCUGCUAUGAUCACUCCAGCUUAUCAAAUAGCCAAGAGAGCGAAUGAAUUAGCUAGUGAUGUAAAGUACCAUCAAAGAUAUGAAAAAGAGAUCAAGGGAAAAGCCAGCCAUACAGCUGGAACAGACGUUACUUUUGAAAGAGAAAAUGUAGCUCAGUAUGGCCAGGAUUAUAUGGAUGAGUAUGAAGAACGCAGAGGGAAAGGAAGCUUUCCUGCUAUGAUCACUCCAGCUUAUCAAAAUGCCAAGAAAGCAAAUGAAUUGGCAAGUGAUAUAAAAUACAAGAAAGAUCUUUCGAAGAUGAAAGGUGCAGCUCACUUUCACUCCCUAACGGCUGAAGACAACUUAGUCCUCAAACAAGCCCAAAGUGUUAACAAGCUUGUCAGUGAGGUGGAGUAUAAGAAGGAUCUCGGGAACAACAGCGGCUACAGCAUGAACUACUGUGAUACUCCACAGUUCAAGAAUGUGAGCAAGAUCGCAAAAUUCACCAGUGAUCUAAAAUACAAAGAAACCUACCAGAACCAGAUGAAAGGUCAUUAUGUAGGUAUGGGCAUGGACAAGCGAAUGCUACAUGCCAUGAAAGUUGGCAGCUUGGCAAGCAAUAUAGCCUAUAAAUCUGAUUACAAACAUGAUGGUGUUGACUACAAUUACCCAGCUACUCUCACUCCUUCAUAUCAGACAACAAGGAAGUUGGUCCCUUUGAAAGAUGUAAACUACAGGCAAAGCAUAGACAAGCUGAAGUACAGCUCUGUUGCCAGCACUCCACAAAUUGCUCAAGCCAAAAUAAAUGCACAGCAGCUCAGUGAUUUGAGCUACCGAGCCCAGUAUGAGAAGACAAAAACGAAUUACACUCUACCUCAGGAUGUACCUCAGUUAGUCAAGGCAAAAGCCAAUGCUGAAUUAUACAGUGAGAUAAAGUAUAAAGAAGGCUGGGAGAAGAGCAAGGGACAGGGCUUUGAAAUGAAACUUGAUUCUCUGCCUUUACUUGCUGCCAAAGCUUCAAGGGAUCUUGCCAGUGAUAUUAAAUAUAAAGAAGAAUAUGAAAAAACGAAAGGGAAAGCAAUUGGAACCAAAGAUUCAAGACUUUUGCACUCUCUGCAGGUGGCCAAGAUGAGUAGUGAGAUUGCCUACAAAAAAGGUUUUGAGGAGAGUAAGACCCAUUUCCAUCUGCCUAUGGAUAUGGUAAACCUGAGACAUGCUAAGAAGGCCCAGGCACUUGCUAGUGACCUAGACUAUAGAAAGAGACUCCAUGAAUACACAGUGGUUCCAGAAGAUAUGAAGACCAAAUGGGCAAAGAAGGCCUAUGGUCUCCAGAGUGAUCUUCGAUACAGGGCAGAUCUGAUGUGGAUGAAAGGAGCUGGGUGUAUCACAGAAGGAAGUCUGAAUAUACAACAAGCCAAAAAGGCAGGAGAUUUGGUCAGUGAGAAAAAGUACAGACAGAAGGCUGAUGCUCUGAAGUUCACCAGUGUGGCUGACAGUUCUCAGAUCAAGCAUGCCAAGAAAAGCCAGGAACUACAAAGUGAUGUUGCCUACAGGUCAGGAAAAGAGGAGUUUCUCCAUCAGUACACCAUCAGCAAAGAUGAUCCUGUCUUCAUACUGGCCAAAACAAAUGCUGCCAAUAUUAGUGAGAAACUCUACAAGAGUAGCUGGGAGAAGCAGAAGGAAAAAGGAUUUGUGCUUCGUCUGGAUGCUUUGUCAUUCUUGACAGCUAAGGCAAAGAGGGAUCUGGCAAGUGAUAUUAAAUAUAAGGAAGGUUAUGAGAGGAUGAAGGGUAAGCUGAUUGGAGUAAAAGCUGUGGAGGAAGAUUCGCAGAUGGCUCAUUCCCUUCAGAUGUCAAAGUUGCAGAGUGAUCUGGAGUACAAGAAGGCAUUUGAGGACACAAAGAAUAAGUUCCACGUCUCCAUGGAUAUGAUUAACCUCGUCCAUGCCAAGAAGGCUCAAAAUUUGGCCACAAAUACAGGAUACAAGACAGCUCUCCAUCGCUACACAGCUCUGCCUACUGACAUGAAGGUGGCAUGGGCCAAGUGGGCCUACGGAUUGCAAAGUGAUAACCGAUACAGGGCAGAUUUGAACUGGAUGAAAGGAGCUGGAUGGAUAGCCACUGGGUCAUUAAACAUGGAGCAGGCUAAGAAGGCAGGAGAACUCAUUAGUGAGAAGAAGUACCGUCAGCAUCCAUAUGCUUUGAAGUUUACCAGUAUUAAAGACACUCCUGAGAUGAUCCAGGCUAGAAUUAGUUAUAACCAGGCUGUGGAUAGGCUGUACAAGGAGCAUGGAGAGAGUGUAAAGCAUCAGUAUACGCCAACAACGGAUCUUCCUGAAAUCCUGCAGGCCAAAUUAAAUGCUAUGAAUAUCAGUGAGAUUCGCUAUAAGGAGUCCUGGGGAAAGACGAAAGAUGGUGGCUAUCAGCUGAAACUAGAUGCCAUUCCUUUCCGGGCAGCCAAGGCUUCGGGUGAAAUCAUAAGUGAUCACAAGUAUAAGGAGGCAUUUCAAAAAAUGAAAGGACAGAUGGUUGGCUCACGUGGCCUGGAUGGUGAUAUUCAUAUUGCUCAUUCAGUCCGUGCAGCAGCGCUGCAGAGUGAUGUGAAAUAUAAGCAAGGUUUUGAGGAUACAAAGACUCACUUCCACCUGCCACUGGAUAUGAUAAACUUGGUCCAUGCCAGGAAAGCCCAGUCCUUGGUCAGUGAUCAAGAAUACAGACAGCUGCUACACCAGUACACUUCUUUGACUGAUGAUGUGAGAUUGCGGUGUGCCAAGAAUGCAUACAAAUUACAGAGUGAGAAUUUAUACCGGUCUGACAUGAACUUCAUGCGAGGAGUUGGAUGUAUUACUCCAGGGGCCCUGGAGAUUGAAGGAAAGAAGAAAGCUUCUGAACUCAUCAGCGAGAGUAAAUAUCGUCAGCAGCCACAUUCCUUCAAGUACACAUCGGUGACAGACUCUCCUGGCCUCCUUCAUGCAAAAUUCAGCAAUAUGAUUGCUAAUGAGCGCUUGUAUAAAGCAGCGGGAGAGGACAGUCAGCAUCACUAUACACCAACACUGGGUCUGCCUGAGUUUACAAGGGCAAGAAUAAAUGCAGCCAUCCUCAGUAAUGCAAAAUACAGAGAAUCUUGGCAUAAUCUACGUGCUCAAGGCUACAAGCUGACAACGGAAGCACUCCCAUUCCAGACUGCCAGGGCCUCCAGAGAAAUUGCCAGUGAUUACCAAUAUAAACACAACUUUGUGAUGGAGAGAGGAAAGCACAUUGGUGCUAGAAGUGUUCUGGAUGACACCAGGCUGCUGCAUUGCUUGCAUGCUGCCAAAUUACAGAGUGAACAAGAGUAUAAGAAGGGAUCUCAGAAAGUCUGGUCUCAAUACCAUCUGCCCAUGGACAUGGUGGAUCUCGUCCAUGCCAGGAAAGCCCAGGCCUUAGCGAGUGAUCAAGAUUACAGAAAGAGACUCCAUGAAUUCACAGCACUCCCGGAAGACAUGAAGCUGAAGUGGGCCAAAAGAGCUCACAUGUUGCAGAGUGAGCAUCGCUAUAAAUCAGACCUGAACUUCAUGAAAGGCGUUGGUUGGAUGGCUCUGAGAUCUCCGCAGAUAGAAAGCGUAAAGAAGGCUGGAGAGCUCAUCAGUGAGGUGAAGUACCGUCAAAAACCAGAAAGUUUGAAGUUCACUGCUGUGGUUGACUCUCCAGAUUUGAUUCAUGCUAAAACCAGCUACCUCCAGUGCAGUGACAGACUGUACAAGGCUGGAGACUCCGAAGCCAGGCACAGGUACACCCUGCCUCCUGAUCAUCCAGAUUUUAUCCGAGCCCGCCAGAAUGCACUUUACAUCAGUGAUAAAUUGUAUAAAACAUCUUGGGAACAGACAAGGGCAUCUGGCUAUGAUUUUAGAAUUGACGCCAUCCCAUUCCAGACAGCGAAGGCUUCAAGAGAGAUUGCUAGUGAUUACAAAUACAGAGAAGCCUUCCUGAGAGAUAGAGGCCAGCAGAUUGGAUUCCUCAGUGCAAAUGAUGAUCCCAAUAUCAGGCAUGUCCUCAGAGUGGGGAAACUCCAAAGUGACAACCAAUACAGGAGUGGAUAUGCCCAAAACAGGGCACAGUUCCACAGUCACCUCAACCAGCCAGGAUUCCUCCAUGCUAAGAGAAGCCAGCAGCUUGCAAGCAGCGUUAACUACAGGCAGCCUUUGCACCAGUACACCUGUGAUCCUGAGCAGCUAAAUGUGAAGCACGCAAAGCAGGCCUACAAGCUGCAGAGUGAUGUAAAAUACAAGUCUGACUUGAACUGGCUCAGGGGCCUUGGCUGGACUCCCCCAGGUUCUCACAAAGUUGAAAUGGCAAGGAGAGCUGCUGAGUUGGCAUACAUCCGAGAAAUGGGACUGCAGGGUGCUUCUGCUCAGUACGGACCUCGAGUUGACCAAUUGGAUACGGAUGGAUCUCAGCAGGUCACAGUCAACCCUGAUGCUUCAGAAAUUCUGCAAGUCAAGAAAAGGAAAAUGCAGCUGUAUCAGAAGUAAACACAAACUCGAUAUAACACACAUCCUGCAGCUUUUC